AUCAACUUCUCAACGGCUGUUGCCGACUACUGUCGCCUACAACUUCAUAAUGCUGAACGGGCUGCGUAUAGAUGGCGGAGAGCAAUGACUGAAGAGUUCGAUGAAGAUGUGGUAUUUGAGAACUCUCCUCUUUUCCAAUACCUGCACGAUCUAGGGCACACAGACUUUGAGGCAUGUCCAACGGCAUCACAGGAGGAGGAAUAUGGCGGACAAGAGGGAGACCUCCCCUCUCCUGACGAAGAUCCACAGAAAACUUCAGGAGGAUGGCUUUGGAGACUGGCUGAGACCCUGUGGAGAUGGAGCCCGAUUCACCAGGCAGCUGCAUCUCAUAAGCUGGAGCAGCAACUGGACUGCGUGUUCGGCCAGUACUCGGUGAGGUGCAUUCUGGACCAGGACGUGCUGCUGCAGGAGGAUGUGGAGCUGAUCGAGCUGUUAGACCCGAGCCUGCUCACCCUCGCCUCCUCGCCCUCUGGCUCACCCAGCCGAGCGAGCACCCUGCCCAGACCAAGCCUCAUUGCCAGGCCCUCCCUAUGGGACAUGGCGGGGCUGGUGGGCCUGGCUGCGGUGCUGCUGGGUCUCUGCUCUGCAUCUGAGGGCCUCUGGUCUCUGGCUGUGGCGCCGUGGGGCCUGGCCCUGCUGGGCUGGGUGGGGCUGAGGGGGAUCACGCUGUGGAGACGGGGCCGCAUGCAGAGGGCCGUCCACGCCAGGGCCACGCAGCUCCAGAGUCUGGUCCACAACAGCAAGACUCUGACCGGCCUGUCUCGCAAAGCCCUGCGUCUGGUGCAGGAGACCGAGGUCAUCUCCAGAGGGUUCACCCUUUUGCUCGACAGGGUGAGUGCGGCCAGCUCCUUUAGCAGGGCGGGGCCGGGGGCGGUGCCACGCGGCCAGCAGCUGAUUGGACUGAGGAAGUCCCUGUACCGGGCGCUCCGCUCAGCCUUCAGAUCCUCGAGGAGAGCCACCUGUCACAUGCUCAAGGCGUUUCCUCUGAACUCUGAGAUCGAUAACGUGACCAACUAUGUGUCUGCGGUGCCUCUGAAGGAGCUGGGGCUCGGCCUGGGCAUCGAGCACCUGGGUGAUGAGCAGGCCCAGGAGCUGACGGACGACUACAGCCUGCCCGCCCUGAAGAUGCUGUUCCAGCUGUGGGUGGGACAAAGCUCUGAGUGUUUCCGUCGACUGGCCCUUCUGCUGUCGCCACGCCGAAUAGAGGAGGCAGAAGAGGGUGCACCCAAAGCAGAGACCUCCCCUACUCUGCCUCCUCUGCCCCCGCUCCACCGCUCCAUCGCCGCAGUGACCGAGCCGCUGCAUCACGCUCUGGCCAGCUGCCUCGGUGAAGUGCAGCGCAGCUACGACUUCCACCGGCACUUCGAAACCCAGCCGAGGACGACGGGCUCCGACAGGACCGGACGGGCCAGGGAGAAGUGCCGAGAGCUCAACACCCUGCACACGUCCAUCCGGAGCCUGCAGCUGCACCUCAAGGCCCUGCUCAGCGAGAUGAUCAUCCUGGAGGACGACCUGGAGAAGCUGAUGGUGUCCAAGGAGCUGACGGAGCUGACGUGCGAGGGCUACCAGGACCUCAGCGACCGGCUGCACCAGCUGCACCCGCACAUGCAGGCCAGCACGGGCUGCUGGGAGGACACCAUCAGCCAGGUGGAUCGCAUGCUGAGACGGGCCAACGCCUGUCCGGGUAACGUAGAGGGUCUGGAGCAGUGUGGGACUCCUGAAUCUGAGAUUCCUGCUCCUCCUCCAUCAUACCCCCUGAUCCUGGACAGAGACCCUGUGCCAGAGGAGCUGGAGUGGGAGGCGUACGUGUCCGACUCAGACUCUGACGGCGAAGGCCGAGGGUCCUGGUCCGACAUGUUGUCACCGGAGGAACGGGAACGUCAGCGGCGGGAGAGGGAGGAGUCUCGCCGCGUCCUGUCAGAGCUAAAAGCUGUUCUGGGCUUCCGUGCGUCGGAGGGGGAGAGGAUGAAGAGGAAGCAGCUGCUCUUCAACGACCAAGCUGCUGUGACGCCGUCAGCUCGCGGUGAGAGUUCAGAUCCCACCACCAAACCAUCAGACGCUCCACCUUCACCAGCAGAAAGUGGUGAUGAAGAGGGAAACCACCUAUCAGAGCAGUCUGCAGGAAACGGAGGGGAGGAAGGGGAAGGAAAAGACGGCAGGGUGAGGCCUGAACCCUCCACCGAGCAGGUGAUGGAGUUCAGCUGUGGGCUGGAGGCGGAGGAUGGGGAGUUGGGGGGGGGUUCGGUCUGCAAUAGAGGAGGAGGAGGAGCGUCGGAGCUGCAUCAGUACGACGGGGUCCUGCAGGAGGGGGAGUCCCAGAACGGUCUGGACUGCUUCCUGAAGCCUAAAGCCCCCGCCGUGUCUGUGAUGGAUAGACUGACGGAGAUCCACGGCUCGGAGGCUCUCAGCUUCAGCUCCGCCAUCGCCGCGCAGGUGGCGGCACGCUCGCACUCGCUCAUCAACAUGGAGGAGCAGACGUUCGGAGACGACGGGGAGGAGGACGGAGAGGAAGACGGAGAGGAGGAGAGCGACAGACGAACCCCUGACAAGGACUGAAAAUAAACCUCCGCUGCUUAAAGCGAGCACUGAGCAGAGACUGUAUUUAUGUCCGAUGUCCUCCAUCGAUGAGUCUGUGUUACAUCUUAUCUUGUGGAGAUAUUUCAGAUUCACUCUCUAUUACCCAUCCGUCCAUCUUACUGUACAUUACCCACGAUUCUUACUGCUCUCUUGCUGUUAAAACUCAGGUACCAGAACCACUAAAACAAAACCCGACCUACAGUGUUGAGGUCAGAAGACCAGAAUGUCUGCAGUUUAACUUGGUGACAUCCACAUUGUGUAAAGUGUUCACAGUCGCUCGGUCGAUGUGGAAACGAAGAGUGUAAGCAACAAGUGAUUGGCUUCAGACAUAAAAAUAAGAAGAGAAGAAGAGUAACGGUUCAGUCUGAGUGACUGUGAGGAAGUGUUGGUGCUGGAGCAGUGGAGAGGAGAUAGCAGCGGUAAUUCUCUAAAGGUGUGUUCAGACAGAAAGCAAAUAAUUCUGACAGUUUCAGUUUGAUUCAUUCACUCAAAGAUCACUUCAGUAUUUAGAUUAUUAUUUUUUGCCCUGGGUUUUGCCUCUCAGGCAACUUACAAGCUGAGGUUGUUGUGGCUGAACAAAAAAAUCCACCAACUCAUUUCUCUUAAAAAGACGCUGAAACAAAGAUCAUAAAGUAAAAGAUAUAAAUAUUGAUUGAUUUCAAAUGCUCGUCGUUGACAUUUGAAACGACAGUUUGAAUUUUUUGUCAAACAUUUUUUAUAAAAUCUAAUAAUAUUUAUCAAACAGUAUCAGGUCUCUAUUAAGGAAAUUACAGUGCAUUAUUUUAUACAUUAUAAAACAGCAAAUUAUGUGGCUUUUUUGGUUUACUAACAUUUCGAUGGAGAGCCUGAUAAACACUUUAAUUUGUUAGAUGAUAUAAAUUUAUAUAAAUGAAGAAAAUGUUUACAUUUACUUACAACUAACUGCUGUAACUUUAAAUGGGUAAAAGUAGCAACAGCACAGUGUAGAAAUACUCUGUUACAAG